AUGAAGACCAUCAAUUUGAUUACCAUCCUUUCUCUAUUGAUUCUUAAACUUGAUUCAAUUUCUUCAAGUAAAACAACUUCAAAGCUCAGUAUAGAUGAUGAAUUAAUCAAAUUAUUUCAAACGAGUAUCUUAUUGAUCGCUUCGAAUACCAGUAAAUCUACCUCUCCGUCUAUCAAGACCACUCCUCCUAUCACUACUACUCCUAGAAAAACCACUCCCAUUACUUCCCCCAUUACUACCCCCACUACUACUGAAAGUACUGAAAGUACUGAAACCACUGAAACCACUGAAACUGCUGAUACUGCUGAUACUACUGAUUCCACUGAUUCCACCGCUACUUCUGCUACUUCUGAUACUUCUAAUACUUCUGCUACUUCUGAUACUACGGAUACCACGGAUACUAGUAGUACUAGUGAUACUAUUGAUUCGACGGAAUCAGAUCCUUCACAUCAGGGUCCUGUUCCACUUAGUAUAAAAUCUACCAGCAAACAACUAGAAAGUGGCAAAUCAAAAGCAGGUACUUCAAAAACCAAAGGAAAAUCGUUGAAUAGUAAGGGCGGUAACCGUACAGUACCUAUCUAUACAAUGUGCUCUAGAUCUCAAUCAUUUGCUUUAACUUUUGAUGAUGGUCCAAGUGAAUUUAGUAAAGGAUUAGACUCAACUUUAAAAAAACAUCAAUCUCAUGCCACUUUUUUUAUAAAUGGAUUAAAUAAUGGAUGUAUUUAUGAUUUUGCUGAUUUAUUAUUAGCAAGAUUUAAAGCUGGUCAUUUGAUUGGGAGUCAUACUUGGGGACAUACUCAUCUUGCUGAAGGUACUUCUGAACAAAUUCAUUUACAAUUGGAAUUACUUGAGAAAGCCAUGAUUAAGAUCUUAGGUGUUAAGCCUCUAUGGUUCAGACCUCCAUAUGGUGAAUAUAACGAUCUAGUAGUACAAGUCUUAACAGAAAGAGGUUAUAAAGGAUUAGUCAUGUGGAGUGAUGAUAGUGGAGAUUCAUUCGCAGAACCGCCAACUUCUGAGAAAAUGAUCGAGGCAUUCAAUCAGUAUCCUCCUCAAUCUAACAUCUUAUGUCAUGAGACUAAAAGCACUACUACUCAAGAAGUUAUGCCUACUGUCGUAAAGGACCUGAGCGAUAAAGGCUUGAAACUUAUACCGAUUGCACAAUGUUUGGAUAUCUCCGAUAACCCCAAAGAUUGGUAUGAAUAUGUUGGUGAACCAUCAAAGAAAGAUGAAACUUGGACUUGUGAAGGUACACCAUUACCUGGAAGUUUUGUAUAA